ACCAACACUAGGCGUAAGAGUGUACAACAAACCUAAUCUUGAGCUGUCUAUUAAAUGUAAUCCCUGUUUAAUUUAAUUUAAUAUCUAAAAUCUAAAUAUAAAACGGACCACACCUUUAAAUCUCUCACUAGUCAUCACUCAUCCACCAUCAUAUGUCCUUUUAUAAAUAUCAUACUUUUUUUCCACACACGCAAAAAAUCACUUGGUCAAGAAAAAUACUCACAAACACACACACACAACACAACAUUGCUUGCAAUCAAUCAAACACCAAACUCUCCAAACUUCCAUUAAUCCAACCUUGUAUCUGCCUUUGUCUACUAAUUAAUUCCAAAUGGUACCAUCACACUGAAAAAAAGUGAAACUCUGGAUCAAGAACUAUAUGAAGGAACAAAAGCCAAAUCAUAUGAAUCUUCAAAUUAUCAAGUUUAUAGAUCAAGAUAUAUAAACCAAAAAGAAGGUUUUUUAUAUUUUUUUUAUUGUGAAAAUAAAAAAUCUACAUGACAUGUUAAAGAACUUUCUUUGUACGGAAACAAAAAACAGAAUUAAUUUCUGACAACAUGGGAACGUACUUUCAUGGAAACAGCAACAGUUCUGAAAUCCAACAACCGUCGGCAGAAGGUUUACAGACACUUUACCUUAUGAAUCCAAACUACGUACCUUAUUCUCAGGAAACUCAAAAUCCAACACAAAACAUGCUUUUCGCUAAUCCCAACGCUACCAACAAUACUUCUCCUCACGCGCUUAAUCUUGUUAAGUUCCCUCACGCGCCUUCAUCAUUCAAUCAACACCACUUACUUGGAGUUACUAUUCCACCAUCUAAUUUUCUUGGAUCCAACUCAGCCGACACUCCCUCACAACAGUUUGAAGUUACUGGCUUUCAUCCCUUUGCCUCGUUGGCGACCGCAGCUCACCGUCCCCAGUAUAACCUGUGGGGAGUAGGAUCAGGUAGUUUUGUACCUGAUCAAUCUGUCAUGUCGACAACAACAGCAACAACUACUUCUACUAAUAGAUCGGAGUCCGCUGUUACUGUCGCCGUGACAGCUUCUGAGGCGGCGGAAUUUCCGCCGCCUCAUCAUAUUGGUUUUCACAGACCAGUUUAUCAGCGCGGAUUGUCUCUUAGUCUUUCGUCACAACAAACACCUUACCGGUCGCUUUCCAGAGAAAUCGAAGUAUCUCCGGGUAGCCGUGGAGGUGGAGACACCAGCGGAGUUUCGAGCAUGCACGGUGUUGUUUUCGGGUCGAAGUAUUUGAGAGUAGCACAAGAGCUUCUUGAUGAAGUUGUGAAUGUGGAUAAGGGAAUCAUGAAAGGAGAAUCUGGUGAAGGAGAUAAUAGUAAUAAUGAGAAUAAAGAGAAGAGGAAAGCGAAUAUUGAAGCAAGUUCAAGUGGUGGAAGAGAAAACGAUGGAGGGAAACAAGUUGCUGAGUUAAGCACUGCACAAAGACAAGAACUUCAAAUGAAGAAGUCAAAGCUUGUUAGCAUGCUUGAUGAGGUGGAUAUACGGUACAAACAAUACCACCAUCAAAUGCGAAGUGUGAUAUCAUCAUUUGAACAAGCAGCAGGAUAUGGAGCAGCCAAAUCUUACACAUCCCUAGCUUUAAAGACAAUCUCAAAGCAAUUUAGAAGUCUUAAAGAUGCAAUCUGUUCACAAAUUAAGACAACUAGCAAGACUUUGGGUGAAGAUGAUUGCUUAGGAGUUAAGUUAGAAGGUUCUAGGCUUAGAUUUGUCGAUCACCAUCUCCGACAACAAAGGGCACUACAGCAACUCGGAAUGAUUCAGACCAAUGCUUGGAGGCCUCAAAGAGGCUUGCCGGAGCGAGCUGUUUCUGUUCUACGUGCUUGGCUUUUUGAGCAUUUCUUGCACCCUUAUCCCAAGGACUCAGAUAAGGUUAUGCUUGCAAGACAAACUGGACUUACUCGGAGUCAGGUGUCUAACUGGUUUAUAAAUGCCCGAGUUCGGUUGUGGAAACCAAUGGUUGAAGAAAUGUACUUAGAAGAAACGAAGGAGCAAGAGAAGAAUAAUAAUGACUCCAAUGAUAACACAAAUAUAUCAAAAGAAUCAAGCAAAGAGUUGUGGUCAGCAAAUACUACUACACAAGAUUCAACUCCCACAAAACUUGAUCAAAUCAAUAUUCUUCAUUCAAAAACUGAAAGCUUCAACAACCAAAACACUUCUCCAACUGAGAUAUCAAAUUCACAUAAUUCAUUGUCAACAUCGAACACAAAGUUUGAUGUUGAAAGAAAUCAUGACAACCCUUUAAUGAGUGGAAAUGAAAAUCAUCAUGGUGAUGGUUAUGGAACAUUCUCAAUGGAAGAUAUUGGAAGGUUUAAUGUUAGUGACCAAUUGGCUCCAAGGUUUCAUGGAAAUGGAGUUUCUUUAACUCUUGGACUACCUCAUAAUGAAAAUCUCCCUUUCUCUUCCACUCAACAUGGAUUUCUCUCUCAAGAUUUACAUAUGGGAGGGAGGAUCGAAAUGGGAGAGAAUGAAAAUGAGUUUUGUGCCAUUAAUACUACUCCACCUUCUUCUCAUUCAGGAACAAGUUAUGAGAGUAUUGAUAUUCAAAACAGAAAGAGGUAUGCAGCAGCUCAAUUGUUGAGAAAUUUUGUGAACUAAUAUAAGAUAUUGGAUAUCCUAUGAGGGAUUGGAAUCACGAUGUGCGAGCAACACUGUGAUUUUGAUAAAAACUACACUCUGAAGUUUCAACAAAGUUACAAUUUCAAUGUGAUUUUGUCAAACUCACUGUCAUACCAAACAAACACGUAUAUAAUUAUAAUUGAUUCAAGUUCAGUUGGGAAAGGUAUAGAUAUAUUGUAUAUGGUGUUGGGAAAUAUAACCAGGUAUUAAUAAUUCCUGCAUGCAUGUAAUUUUAAUUUGUUUUUUUGUACGUACUUUGCAUUUGCGGUUAAUUAGUACAUAGAUGGGAGUGGAAAUCAGGAAAGGUAUACACAAAAAUGUACAAACAUUUUGGAUGCUUUCAUUAUAGGAUAUAUAUAUGUGAUGUGUAUGGGAUUUGGAUGAA